AUGCCCUUUUUCCCUGAAGACACAUUUCGCGACUUUGUCAAGCAAUGCAAAGACCAGACUAAGCUCGAUGGAGAGUGGGAGUUUUAUGUCAAGAAUCCAGACUUUACAGUUUAUCGCCGACCUGCUCAUGAUCGAAACCCAAAUCUAUACGAGUAUCGCUCCUUUGGUGGUUGGAGUGAUGUCAAAUCAGACACAUUAGCUCAUGUUUACUUGGAUUUAGAAUUUAGAAAAAAGUGGGACAAGAACAUGCAAUCACAUCAAUAUUUCAAGGUGGAAGAUACAUCCUCGGGCGAAAAAAACAAUGGCAACCAUUUUGAAAUGAAGUAUCCAUGGCCUCUUUCCAACCGAGAUUACGCUUACACCAUUGAAAGAAAGGUGGUCAAGGAGUCGGAUGGGAGUAACAAGGAAUAUCAGGUGAUUCUCGGUGAAUCGUUACCCUCUACCAGCUUUCCUGAGCGUAAAGGUGUCAUUCGCAUCGAUACCUACAUGCAAAACAUCUGCAUCACUGCUGGAGACGAUGGAAAAGGAUGUUUAGUGUUUAUGGAUUAUUUUGAUGAUCCCAAGGGAAACAUUCCGAAAUCUGUCAUCAACUGGGCUGCAAAGACUGGCGUUCCAGCCUUCAUUGGCAACUUGAAAGCUGCCUGUCUUCAGUAUGAAAAAGAGCACCCUGACGGUGUGCCUCUACCUUUGGAUAGUUCAGAUGUCAUUCAACUCUAA